CGGGUUGACUCUGAUGCUGCCUUUUUUAAUUUUUUCAAAGUUAUUUAUUUACCUUUUAUGAUUUUAUUGAUUUUUAUAAGAUGUCGAAGAAUAAUAAAGUAAAAUUUAUAAGAUUCAGAAGUCUUGCCACUAUUCAUAUAUAAUUAUAUAUAUGUAAAUGCCUUCAAAAUGACAGCUUUAAAUAAAACAAAACAAAAAAAUCGUUUAGUGUAUUUAGAUAUUUCCAUUGAUGGAGAAAAAGCUGGUCGCGUUGUUAUAGAAUUAAGAUAUGAUACUGUGCCUAAAACCGCAGAGAACUUUAGAGCCCUUUGCACAGGUGAGAAGGGUGUUGGAGUCUCUGGAAAGCCACUGCAUUAUAAGGGAGUCCGAUUUCAUAAAGCUGUUACACAGUUUAUGAUACAAGGAGGUGAUAUAUUAAAUAAUGAUGGAACUGGCAGCGAAAGUAUUUAUGGACCAACAUUUGAGGAUGAAAACUUUAAACUCACUCACGAUGCGGGAGUUCUCAGCAUGGCCAACGCAGGGCGACGAGACACAAACGGAUCUCAGUUCUGCAUCACCAGCGUACAAUGUCCGCAGCUAGACAAUACUAACGUCGUAUUCGGCAGAGUGCUCGCUGGCUUGGGCAUUGUGUAUGAAAUUCAACGUUCUGCGAUCGAGUCUCGACCCAGUGUUGAGUGUGUGAUCGAGGACUGUGGCGAAAUACUCGAUGAGAAUUGGGAUGUGUGCUGCAGGGACGGUACCGUUGACCGCAUGCCAGAGUUCCCGAGGGAUAUACGCUUCAAUCUUCCUUUGGAUAAGUUGAUAUUGGCUAUCCACGAUAUAAAGAACAGCGGCAACGAUUUGUUCGGAGCCGGGCGGUACAAGGCGGCCUGCAGGAAGUACCGCAAAUGUUUGCGAUACCUGAAAUAUAUCAGCGGGAUGAUACCGGGCAACGAUGUUCAACACGAAUUGCAAGACUUUGUCGAGACGUUCCAACUGCAGGCUAGAUUGAAUCUGGCGGCGAGCUUUGCGCGGCUGAAUGACCACAACAAUUGUCGUGACUGUUGUUCACUGGUCCUUCGAGCCGAUCCGCACAACGAAAAGGCGUUAUACCGCCGCGGACAAGCUAAUUUCGCCCUUAACAACUACGAAGCGGCACUCUCUGAUCUCAAACUCGCCGAGCAAGUAGCCCCUAAUAACAAGGCCGUGCAAAAACUUUUAGAAAAAGUGCGAAUCGCUAGUAAAAACUACAACGACAUACAAAAACAACGGCUGUCAAAAUUUUUUCGUGACCAAGCGGAGCAAGGUGCGUGAACACGCCAUCACUAAAGUGAAAUUUAGUUUUGUCCUUUAUAGAAUAUGAUUUAGUAAUUUACACCUUAUAUCUAAUAAGUUAGAGAUCAUACUUGUUUGUUAUGAAAUGGAACCGAUACCUAAUCUUUUUUGUGACAGUGGCAUUACAUUAAUGACCAUAGACACACUGGCAAUGACAUAGGCAUCAACACUUCGUCUAGUAUAAGUUGGCAUGUGGCAAACAAGGGAAAUUAUGAUUUGAUUUAAUUAUUUAUUACUGAAAUUUAUAUAUUUAAUUGCAUAUAUUUUUUAAAUUAAGCAAAACCUUUGAAAAAAAGAAAAAUUGUAAUAUUGCAAAUAUUGUAACAUGUGAAAACGUAACAAACGCCCCGUCUAAGUGCCAACUUAAACUGGACAUAAAAUACACACAUAUAUACCAUCAUAUUAUAUUGACUAAAAAUUUUUGUGGUUAAAGAAGUUAUGGAAGUUAUACUUCUUUAGGAGCGUUAUGAAAAAAUGAAUAGGCUGAAAUUUUAAGAUGCGCGCGCAAGUUGGUUCCUAAAAUUUUCUGACGUUUGCGUCAUUCGUUAUUUUUUUUUUUGGUUUCUUCGUCCAUUACUAGGUCAGGUAAAAGGUUCAAGCCCAUACAGCCGUAUUCAUUAUUUAAUAAUUAAUUGUCAAAGCCAUCUUUGCAAGAUUUUUACAAAAUUGUUCUUUCUAAAAACGUAGAAUAGCACGAUGAAUAAAUCAUUUUAAUGAUUUUUGCUUCGUUAGGCCAAAGAAGUAUAACUUCUUUCGUGCAUACAUAAGUACACACACUUUUUUAAAUUAUGUUUUGGUACAGAAUGCCCUGCUGAAAAAUAGAAAUGACUUUUGUGUCGCGACUGAUUUUUAUCGAUACUAAAAUUUGUGAAAAAAAAGAUAAUGUUCACGAAUUUUUUUAAGAGACACGUCACUUUUCUCGCUAAAAUAAGACGUAUAAAAUAGCGCUUGGCAAAUAACGUAAGUCUUAUGAUUUAUUAUAAUAAGUAAUAGAUAAUGAAAUAAAUAUAUUUUUUAAUAAAAUAGUUACCAAAGCUAAAAAUAUCUUCUUACGUUGUUAUUCUAAGAUCACUAGUUAUCAAUUAACGUCAUAUUCAGGUGC